AGCUGGUCUCCACCACCACUGGAGGACUGUCACAACUGCUGGCACGACAGGCGACCUGCAGGCCAGGCCGAGCACUGUGGAGUUCUAUCACACCCUGCCCUCCUCCAUUAGAGCUAGAGCUACACAUAGUUGCUGGGGGCAGUGUGGUGGUGGUAUCCAGGCCUGGUAAUCGUGAGGGGGCAGAGCAGCAGGGGAGCAGGCCUCACUCUGAACCUAUCCCUCUCAAAAAUCGCAUGGCCAUGUACCAGGCUGCAGUCUCCAAGCAGGAUGCCCCAGACUUCUCCAGCGGGGUCCUGGAGGAAGCUGAGGUUUGCUCCCUGCCUGGAGGAUUGGCCAGCAUUCGGAGACAGUUUGAGAGUGAAGAGCUUUCUUCCACACACACAGCCACACAGUUCCACUACACACACAGAUCCAUGCAGGAAGUGUCAAACUCAUCUGAGCUGUCAGUAAGGCAUGGAAUCAGAAGAGGAGAAGCCCAACAGGAUGAAAGGGUUUCACAUGAUUUGAGUGUCCACCAUGGAGUGGCCUCAAGUGUUGAGAAUCAUAAUGAAGAGGAAGAGUACUACCCAAAGCUUUCAACUAAGGAACUGGCGCAGCACUUCGAGAGAACAAUUGAGGAAGCUGCUCCAAGUAAGAAAAUUAAGAUUGAACGUGACAUCACCAGUUCACAGUGGGCUUCGGGUGUAAAUGUAUACCACCAAGCCUUCAAGGGUGAGAUAUCUGGCACAUCAAAGGAUACAGUAGAAGCUGCAGGAGCUGAGGCAGAAUACCCAGAAUUUUUGACUGCUACCAAUGAUGAGGACUUGGAUUAUCUGCCCCCACCACCGCCAGACCUACUAGAGGAAACAUCUGAGGACACAGGUUUCCCAGAACCCUCUGAAUCAACACAGCCAAUAAAGCUCACCAUCAACAAAGAGCAAUACUUUAAACAGAGAGAGCUACUGGAACUAAAGCGUCUGUGCAAGCACAUUCACCCUGAUGUCAGGAAAGACUUGGAGCGAGAUUUCUACUAUGAGGUUAAUGAGACGGACGGGGAUGAGGAGCUGGUAGGGGAUGUGCAGGAGGCCGCGUACCAUUUUGAGCACAGUGGGAGCAGCCCUAACAGGAGCCCGGAAAGAGAAUAUCUGGAAUGGGACGAGAUCCUGAGAGGGGAAGUGCAGUCCAUGCGGUGGAUGUUUGAGAACAAACCCCUGGACUGCAUUAAGGACUCUUCAGAUGAUGAUGAGGACAGCAGAAAGAUAGUUCAACAGGAAAUUAUAGCUGGAGGUGAUGUGAGGAACACUGCUUUGAUGUUUGAGACUCAACUCAUGGAUAUGUUAGGGACAAAUAGUAGUUAUACCGAAAAGAAGCAUUCUUAUGAUGAAGUAGGUAAAAAAGAUGUCCGCACAGCAGCUUGGCUGUUUGAAACAAAACCGAUGGACUCCCUGAAUAAGAUGCAUGGGGAUGAUGAGCAAACCAAGGAGGUUGUCUUCACACAAGAGGCAACCCGGGGUAAUGUGAGAUCUAUGCGGUACAUGUUUGAAAACCAGGAAAUGGAUUCUCUGGGUGACACGGAAACCAUGGAUGAAAAGCACCUUCUGAGUCUGAAGUCUGUCAUGGAAGAGAUCAAAGCCGAUGUGAAGAUAAUUGUUUGGAUUUUCGAGACUCAGUGUAUGUGCGUGUUGAGGGAGCACUCAGGCAAUUUGGUGGAAAUCACUUCUGUCCGCAGAGAAGAGACAGAGAAAGGUGACGUCAAAACAUCACGGUGGCUUUUUGAGACGCAGCCCAUUGACAAGAUUGAGAAAGACCUUUCUCAAGUUAGACUAAUCUCUAGUAUUUCCAUGGAAGACAAUACACAAGGGGAUGUGAAAAGGGGUAGGUGGUUGUUUGAGACAAAACGACUGGACUCCAUAAAUGAGGAGUGGGAAAGAAUACAUCAGCAACAGAAAGAGGAGAUCAUUGGGGCUGAUGUCCGCAAACACUGUAUGGUAUUUGAGACCCAGCCCAUGGACACACUGAAAGAUGAUUCAAACUCCAGACCAGUCACCACUGAGGACAUCAUUGGAGGUGACGUAAGAUCUGUAAGACAUUUGUUUGAAACAGCACCAUUAGAUGAAUUGAAAGAAUUGCCAGAGGUGGGAAAGCUGAAGAAACGGGUGGCCUCAGAGGAGGAGAGGGGGGAUGUAAGACAUCAGAGAUGGCGUUUUGAGAAUCAGGCCCUAGGGAGCAUCCGGAAUGAGGAUGGUGAAGUGAGCAAGCUGAAGAAAGCAGUGAUCUCUGAACAAGAGAAAGUUAGACACCAAAAGUGGCUAUUUGAGAACCAGAAACUUGAAGAUAUCAGAGAGGAAAAAAAAGAAAUUAUGAAAAUGGUCAAUACUGAACAAACAGAUGAAGAAACAUACAAAGGUGAUGUACGCAAGAAUUGUUGGGUGUUUGAGACUCAGCCCAUGGACACAUUAAAGGAUGACUCAAAUGCCAGACCUGUCAACACAGAGGAAAUUAUUGGAGGAGACGUUCAGUCUGCCAGACUCUUUUUUGAAGCUGCUCCAAAAGAUGAGUUGAAGGAACUUGCAGAGGUGGGGAAGCUUAAAAAAAGGGUGACAGCUGAGGAGGAGAGGGGAGAUGUUAGACACCAGAAGUGGGUCUUUGAGAGCCAGCCUCUAGAACAAAUCAGGGAGGAGGAAAAGAAAAUAACAAAAACAGUGAAUGUAGAGGAUAUUGAAAAAGUGGAUGUAACAAACUAUAAGCAAAUCUUUGAAACAUAUGAUCUGAGCAGAUAUGAUGAAAAUCAAAGGAUUCAAGUUGAAGGUGUGACCAAAGGCUCUGUCAAAUCAAACAAAGAUCUCUUUGAAGCCACACCAUUAUAUGCCAUGCAAGACAGCUCAGGUCACUAUCAUGAAGUGAAAACUAUACGACGUGAGGAGAUUGUGAAAGGGGAUGUCAAGAGUUGUAAGUGGAUGUUUGAAACCCACCCUAUUGACCAGUUUGAUGAAAGUAUAACCAAAUUCCAAGUCAUUAAGGGCAUUACUCAGCAGGAGGUUCAGUCAGGUGAUGUCAAAACAGCAAAAUGGCUUUUUGAGACCCAGCCUCUUGACGCCAUCAAAUACUUCAGCAAUAUUGAAGAUGACGAGUGUGUUACUAAAGAGACAACUGAAAUAGUGAAAGGUGAUGUUAAAACCUGUAAGUGGCUAUUCGAAACCAAGCCAAUGGAUGCACUCUAUGAAAAGGUUGAGCUCAAGAACGAAAAUGAAACUAACGAGGUUCAAAAGGGUGAUGUGCAAACUUGCACCUGGCUCUUUGAAACUCAGGCCCUCGAUACCAUCCGAGAUGACUCAGAGACUGUGCUGAAAGCAUCUACUGUAAAACAAGAAGACAUUCAGGGAAAAGAUGUGCGAAUGGCUCGUUUCCUCUUCGAGACGGAGAACCUCGAUAGCAUAAGUGGGGAGGAAGGACAAGUUUUUAAGCGAGUGACUGAAAUUGAUAUCCAGUCUGGAGAUGUAUCUCGCAUGAAAUACAUAUUUGAAACUCAGGCCUCUGAUGUUAUAACAUCAACCUCUGAGGAAUUCAUGCGCCAACUGAAGACCGCCCAGGCUGAGGACAUUCAAAAAGGAAAUGUUGGAAACUGCAAAUGGCUCUUCGAAAACCAGCCCAUAGAUGAGAUCCGUGAGAACCCACAUGAACUAAAGGGGGCACGCACAGUGACAGAUGUUCAGGGUGGCAAUGUUGACAAGGGCCGUUUCAUUUUUGAGACCUAUUCAUUAGAUAAAAUACAGGAGGCCUCCUCUGUGUCAGAAAUAAAAAAACUGCAGAAAAUCAUCCGUGAGGAAGAGGAGAAAGGAGACGUUAGAAAUUAUGCCAUGAUGUUUGAAACACAGCCACUUUAUGCCAUCCAGGACAAUGAGGGACACUAUCAUGAGGUUACAACACUCACUAAAGAAGACAUACUGAAAGGGGAUGUUGUGGGUGCCCGCUGGUUGUUUGAAACAAAGCCUCUUGAUUCCAUUAGAGACACAGAAGAGGUCUACCUUAUUAAAGCUGUUACUGAAGAAGAUAUUCAAAAAGGUGAUGUCAGUUCUGCUAGGUGGAGAUUUGAAACCCAACCUCUUGACAAGAAUGCUGACGACAGCAAAAGCUGUUUUAAAACUGUUGAAGAUGUAAGAGGGGGAGAUGUCAAGGGAAACAAACAGCGUUUUGAAUCUGACUCAAUAUCACAGAAGUUAGUUCGCACUGUUAGCAUGAGUGAGAUACAUAAAGGAGAUGUUAGGGCAGCUAAAUGGAUGUUUGAGACUCGCGCUAUUGAUCAGAUCCAUGAUGAAAACUCAGAAGACAAGAUGGACACAGUCAUUAUGCAAGAACAAGUAAAGGGAGAUGUAAAACACUCUGUGUGGAUGUUUGAGAAAAAUCCACUCGAUCACAUCCAAGAGAACAGGGAGAUUAAGGAGGUUGCUCAUGAAGAAAUACCCAAGGCAGAUGUGAAAACAACCACUUGGCUAUUUGAAACAACUCCAUUACCUGACUUCAAUGAGAGCAAUGUUGAAAAAACUGAAAUAAUUGGUAAAAGUAUAAAAGAAACCCUACAUGAGUUAUACAGUCAAAGAAUGGUGGAAUCCAAAGGCAUUAUUAUAGAGACUGAUGAAAUUGGGGAUGUGCGAAUGGCUAAGUACAAUCUGAUGAAUAAAGAGGCUCCAGAGAUUCAAAAAGAAGAAAUCAUCAAAGGAGACUUGCAGAACAUCAUGAUGAACCUCCUCAAUAGACAAGAGACAAGAGAGAAAGGAAUUAUUAUAGAAGCACAAGAGCGAGGCAAUAUCAAUACUAUAGUGCAACAGCUGUUCAACCAGCAGACUGGCACCAAUAUGGAGAAAGAGGAAAUAAUUUGUGGUGACAUUCAAGAAGCCAUAAACAAGCUGUUGAAGAAGGAAAACACAGGCAAGCAUGGCAUCCUUAUUCAGGAGGAUGAGAAAGGAGACAUUCGUAUGACUAUAUAUUCUCUUUUCAAUAAACAAGAGGGCACCAUCAUUGAAAAAGAAGAUGUAAUCAAAGGCAAUGUACAAGGCUGUCUACAAAAACUGUAUAAUCCAGACAUGGAAGAGCUUGUUAAAAUUAAGGUGCAUGACACAGAAAAAGGAAAUGUGAACUUUUAUUCAACCUGUAUUGAGUCAGGAGCUCUGGACUACCUGAAACAGCUCCAGGUAGAGCCAGAACAGGAUGAAAAAUGUAUAAUACAAAAAGAGGAAAUUAUGUGUGGAGAUGUUAAAGGAACAAAACUAAGCCUUAUACAUAAUCAGGCUCAAAUCUGUCGCCUGGUGGACAGGGAAGACAUUGUGCCCGGUGAUGUUCAUAACGCAGUAAGGGUUUUCAUGACAGAGCCCCCUGUCUCAUUUGAACAUCUCCAGAAAGAAGAGAUAGUGGGAGGUGAUUUAAGAGCCACUUUGGACUCACUGACACAGUCCAUAAAUCAGUCGGUCAUUUUAGACAAAGAGGAGAUUGUAAAAGGUGACAUCCCUACAGCCCUCAAAUCUCUUGAGGAUGCCCAAAAGCAGCCUAAAGAGGUGGAAAAGCCUGAAAUAGUCCCUGGUGACAUCAAAGGAGCACUAAAAUCACUGAAAGACUCAGCUACCACCAAAGUUGAUAUUGUUAUUGAAGACUUAGUUCCAGGUGACAUCAAAGGUACAUUAAAAUCUCUAGAGGAAGCAAAGCAAGCAGUGAGAGAGGUGGAGAAAGAAGAGAUUAUAAAGGGAAACAUUCAUACAGCUUUGCAGAGUCUGCAAGAGGCUUCUAAUGAGAAAAAGGUUUACCAGCAAGAGACCGGAGUCCAGGGAGAUGUCAAAGGAACAAUUCAGCUCUUCCUGGAACCUCCCUCAUCUCCCAGAAUGCAGCGCAGAGCCAGCACAGAGGGUGAUGUGAAGCUGUCAAUAAAAGCACUGUAUGACACACAAGAACAGGUUCAGUCAGAGAAAGAAGAGGUGAUAAAAGGAGAUGUUAAAGGAACAAUAAAAUGCUUGCUAGAAACAGCACAGCGAGCAAGCCCAAAGAUUCCCAGGAGAGAACCCAUAAGAAAGGUUAAGGUCCCCAAAGGUAAAACCCCAUCUCCCUCGCAGCAAGAGAUCCAGACACAAAGGCCUGCCACCACGGUGAAAAAUCUCACCAAAGGCAGCGAGUCACAGAGGAAUGUACAGAAGCUUGUAACCACUAAAUCAAUGCAAAGCGGAGAAGAGAAAAGCACGCUUACGGCUCAAAUCACAACAAACACACAGGCGUCAAAGACCACCGUGGUAGAACACAAAACAAUAGUUCAGACCCACGGGGUUAAAACUUUAAAAACAGAAUUCCGCAACCUCAAAACAAACAGUAAAGGCAUAAUCAGAUUAGAUAAAACCAAAGACAGACAGCAGGAGGUUUGCGUAACACCCCCACCAAACACUCCUCCAUUGCCAGAGUCUGACUUCCCCCUCCCUCCCUCUCCCCCUCCAGAUUAUGACACUCUUUUCUUCCCUACCCCUCCUCCUCUCAUCAGGGGUGACAAUGACCUUCCUCCUCCACCCACUCCUCCACCUCCACCUCUCAGUGACCCAGUGAAAUCAGAUCCUGAUCAUUUACCUCCUCCACCUACUCCUCCUCCUGCCUGUGAAACAGAACAAGAGUUUCUUCCCCCUCCUCCCUCUCAGCAGGAGCUAGAUCUUGUUCCCAAUACAAUACCAGCCAAACCUACCAAAUUAACAGUUAAACCAGUCAAAGCUCCAGCUCUGUGUAAAGUGCCAAAGCUGGAGCCAGCUGUGCAUUUUAACAAACUGGAUAUGCAGGCCCAAACGACUACACAAGUGGUUACAAGCAGUGAAACGGAGGAGAAAAUCAGCAAAGCACAGACACAAAAUAUCAUUUCAUCAGUCUCAUCCACUGUGUUCUCAUCUGAGAUCCAGUCAACCGUUUCAAUGCAGCCACCUGAGUCACCACGUCCUCCUAAGAAGGUUGUUCUUCCUGUAUGUUUGACCCCACCAGCCUCUCCACCACCAAGCAAAUCCCCAAUAAGUAAAUUCAAAACUCCAUUAAUAAAAGCAGAGCAUAAAUACAGACAGCAGAGAGGGGAGAGCUGCACACCACCCAACUCUCCAGCUUUUGAAAUUCACAUGCAUGAGUCAGUCAGCUCAGCACUUGAAAUGCUUUCCUCAGAAGGCAAGAGAACAGCACAAUCUGAGCAGGGCAUAUCAUUUGAUUUUGCUCAAGAGAAAGCUGAAAAAACUGUGACCAAAGCCAAAUCAGACACAGAAUCAUAUGAUUCAUCCAAGCAUGCCACUCUCUCAGAUGUUCCCCCAAGCAAGUCUUUGAUCUCCACCACAAAUGAGAAAUCUCCUUCUGAAUCUGCCAUUAUUUCCCCAACUAAACAACACAUUAUCUCUAAUCAGACAUCCCAAGCCACUUCAGUUCAGCAGCAGACUACAUCCGCCUCGUCUAAAAAGAAGAAAAAGUACCGGUCCAUGACGACCAGUAUUCAACAGGUGACGUCUACCUCUGUUACACAGUCGCCAAUGGUUAUUAGCAGUACUGCACAGGUUUCUGCCAAGGUACAGACAAAGCAAUGUGUCAGUGAAGCAGAAGAUAAGCAAAUUGUAUCUGAAAAUGUUUCUGUAAACAGUGAGGCAGAUGCCAUUAGAAAACACACAAAGACAGAGGAAAGUAAGAAAAUUGAUAUCUCAGCAUCUAAAGGCCAAAGAAAAAGUUCACCUGAUCAGGCCAAACCAGGAAAGGUGAACACAGACAGUAAAAAUAAGGAAUGUGAGCCAAAAAAUCUGAAAUCUGACAGAAAGAAAGGCAGCAAGAGCAGCAAAGAUGAGAGCACAGAAAAAAAGCCCGCAGAUCAAGCUCAAGAUAUAAAAGUCACACAGGAGAAUGUCCAGGUGAAAGAAAGUAAAGAAAGAAAACUCAGUGAGACAGAGAACAAGGUGGAAAAACAGGUCAAGCAAAAGGCUGAAGAGACCCCUGCCACACCAAAGAAGAAGAGGAGAGCUAAACCCAAGAAAGAUAAAGAAGCAGUUCAUCAAGCUCAGAGUGCAACACAAAGUAAUACUGUUACACCUGUUUCCCCCUCAGUGGCAAAACAUUCCGUCUUAACAUCUAAUCAGAAAAAGGAGGAGAUCACUGUGGUGCAGACUCACAAAACAAUUCAGGAGGAACACUGUGGGGUCCACAAAGAGGUCAUCACUGAGAGUGAUGUCCAGCAGAGUUUGCACCAACAGGGUGCAGCUAUGAAAUCUCAAAAGCAGGUCAAGGCUCCCCCUGAAAAGGAAGAGGAAGUGGGCAGCCAGCAGAUUCUUGACAAAUCAAAAGAUGAAAGCAGAAAUGUUCCAAUGAAAGUGUCAGAGAAGCCAGCACAAAGGGAGCCUGCCAAGACCUCAGCAGAGAGCACGGAGACAUCACAUAGAUGUGCAGAAGCUCAGAAGUUGCUGUCUCGUAUUACAGAAUCGCUGGAAGCUGGAGAAAAAAUGGACUCCAAGUGUGUGAAGACUUUGCUCAGUGAAAUCCCAGAGUGGCUUAUUGAGCCAAAGGAAAGGCAUGAUUUGGAAGAAGCAGCAGAUGAGCACAACAUGCAGAAACUCAAAGAGAUUGUUACUCAUGUGCAAAAUCUUGUUGAAGCAAAACUAAUGCACUUAGAAGGAAAUGCUGCUAUUGAAAAGCAUGAAUGUGAGGCUACAUCUGAAAAAUUGGUUUCAAGCAGAGCAACACAAAGGAUUUCAAAGAUCACCAUUGGGUCUAAAAAGGUUGAAAUGCAAAAGAAAGCAGUAGAGGAGAAGAAAGCCUCUCACAAAAGCCGGAAACAGCAGGAGAAGAGCAUUAAACCUGCUGAACUCAGAGCCCCAUCGCCUUUGAUAAGAAUGCGCUCCCCCUCUCCCACAUUCAUCACAAUUGAGUCUACAAGAAGAACUGACUCACCACAGAGAGUAGCACCAUCUCCUCCACCAAAGCCACCUACUCCUCCACCACGCAGAUCCGAAACACCCACAUCUCGCUUAAGCAGAGCCUCUCCAUCACCUGCUCUGGCCAGAGCUGACAGUCUGACGAGGCUCAGAGAAGCCACGGCUAAACUCUCACGUGGAUCCUCACCUGAUCCCAUGCCUCAUCCUGUGCCGGUUGCCUGUAAGAAGUCUGAGAUUGUGGAAACUCCAGCCUCAUUUCAUCGACAGAUCAAAAUAGAUUCACAGCCUUCUGUGGACUCAAAGGUUCUGGAGGAAUAUAAAGAAUCUUCAGGAGUGGUUGUGUCAGAAGUGGUGACAACAUCAGUUAGAGAGGAGAGAGGGUUCUUUGAGGAGGCUCAGAAAGUUGAGGUAAAUAAAACAUUCACAGAAAAACAUCCUAUUGAUAUUUCUGAGCAUUUAGGUCUAUCCACAGAGGAAGCUGAGACUGAAGUGCCAAAGAAAGAAAAAGGGAAUCUGCCCAAAGUUGACUUGCCUGGACUGGUCAACAGUUUUGAGUCACAAGGGAAUGAGGUAGGUGGGAAAGAGUCCAUUGACAUCCUUGAAAGGCCUGGCAGUGAAACACAAGACCCAGAGCCAGACGCAGAGAAGAAAGCAAGUCAACAAGAGGAUACUGCGGCUUUCAACAUCAAGGUUAUUAAAAAUGUUUUUGAAAUGGGUGAGCAAAGUUCCUCUAUCAAAGAACAAAAAAACAAACAGGAGGAGCAGGCGUCAAGAGUGAGUGAAAUUGCAUCUGAAGGUUCAAAGCACGAGCCUCAAUACGCAUCUCAGGCAAGCUCCCAGCAGACCUCCCCUCUGCCUCUGUGCAAAGAAGUAAAACUGGAGAAGUCGGUCGACCCAUCAGGCUUUUCAGAGACACAAACCAUCAGAGAGCAUUUCUCCACUGUCGAUGAAUUUGGCACAGAGAUAAGUGGAACAAGAAGCACCACAACCAUAUCUAAUCAUUCAGAGAGCAUUUUCGCACAACCUGCUCCAUUCUCUUAUGCCGACGCUGUGAAGAAAAAGGCCCCAGAGGUGACGGUAUCACCUGAGGCCUCUGCUGACGAAUUGCUGAAGAAUUUCCAAAUGACGUGGACUGAAAGUGAGAGUGUGUUCAAAAGCCUGGGCUACAGCGUCUCAGAUUCGAGUUCCAAAGUCGGAGAUGUGCACAGUGUGUCGGAAGAGAGUGUACCCCAUGGAAGGCCUGAUAGCAGACAAAAAGAAGUUCCAUAAAUCCUGUUUCUCCUGUGAACACUGCAACAAUAAAUUAAGCCUUGGAAACUACGUCUCUCUCCACGGACACCUAUACUGCUUACCCCAUUAUAAACAGCUCUUCAAAUCUAAAGGAAAUUUUGGUGAAGGAUUUGGAUCUCACAAAGAUUUACCGAAUGCCAGGAAUUUAAGG